GGAAGGAAUCCUAGCAAUGCAGUUAGAGGUGUGGUCCCAAGGUCUAUAAAAGCUUGUUGUGCAUUUCUAGCUGAAGCACCAAAAGCUUUGGCGGUCGACAGAUAGGGACGUUGCCAGCCAAGAAGUAUGGGGAAGUUUCCGAGACUGCUUCUGCUGACUGUCCUGAUUCUCCCAGCAUGUGCUUCAACUUGCACGACUCGUUGGUUCGACCGGGACAACCCUUCAGGAGUGGGUGACUUUGAAACUCUCGCUGACCUGAGGAGGGAAUAUCCCACGGACAUUUGCCCUGAACCCACUGGAAUUGAAGCUCAGACCGUGGAGGGAACCCCAGCGUCCAGCACUGGGCAGAUCUUUCAUCCGUUUAACCCUAAAGAAGGAUUUGCUUGUGUUAAUAAAGAGCAGCACAAGCAUUCCUGCUUGGAUUACAGAGUCCGCUUCACCUGUCCCUCGAACUUCUGCUCAGGAUGCACAACUCGCUGGUUUGAUCGGGAUAAUCCGUCUGGAAAGGGAGACUAUGAACUCCUUUCCAAUUUGCGGAGUGAAUAUCCUGGUGGGAUUUGUGGCGAGCCCCUUGCCAUCAACGUACAGACUGUGGACGGGAGACCUGCAGUGAAAACGGGGCAAAGAUUUUCAGUGUAUGACACUACUAGAGGCUUUGCCUGUGUCAAUACUGAGCAAGUACCUAGUCAGUCCUGCCUAGAUUAUGUGGUCCAAUUCACUUGCCCAGAAUCCUUCUGUUCCGCUUCAACUUGCACGACUCGUUGGUUCGACCGGGACAACCCUUCAGGAGUGGGUGACUUUGAAACUCUUGCUGACCUGAGGAGGGAAUAUCCCACGGACAUUUGCCCUGAACCCACUGGAAUUGAAGCUCAGACCGUGGAGGGAACCCCAGCGUCCAGCACUGGGCAGAUCUUUCAUCCGUUUAACCCUAAAGAAGGAUUUGCUUGUGUUAAUAAAGAGCAGCACAAGCAUUCCUGCUUGGAUUACAGAGUCCGCUUCACCUGUCCCUCGAACUUCUGCUCAGGAUGCACGACCCAGUGGUUUGAUCGGGACGAUCCAUCGGGAAGGGGAGACUAUGAACUCCUUUCCAAUUUGCGGAGCGAAUACCCUGGCAAGAUUUGCGCUGAGCCCCUUGCAAUCAACGUACAGACUGUGAAUGGGAUUCCUGCCCUGAAGACGGGGCAAAAGUUUUCAGUGUAUGACACCACUCAAGGCUUUGCCUGCGUCAAUGAUGAGCAAGAACCUGGUCAGUCCUGCCGUGAUUACAGGGUCCAGUUCACAUGCCCAGGAUCCUUCUGUUCUGGCUAAUCUGAAGACCAGACCUUCUGCAUCAUUUUUGCCAUGAGAGGCAUUGCCUGCUUUUCUUAAUUGUUAAUUCAAUAAAAUCAGUGUAUCAACCAGCAAAC